AGACUAGGAAGGCACUAGUUUCCUCAUCUCAUAUUUGUCUUUCAAAGUGAAAAUGGCUUCGAAGACAUUUCUUCUUCUUGCCCUUGUUUUUGCUGUGGUUCUUCUAAUUACCUCAGAAGUAGCCGCUAGAGACUUAGCCUCCAACCAUGACGGUGAGGUUGACGGCCGUGGUGGAUACAACCGAGGAGGCGGUGGACAUGGAGGGUACAACAACGGCGGCGGACAUGGAGGGUACAACAACGGUGGUGGACAUGGAGGGUACAACAACGGUGGUGGACAUGGAGGAUACAACAGUGGUGGACAUGGAGGGUACAACAAAGGCGGCGGACAUGGAGGAUACAACAAUGGUGGACGUGGAGGAUACAACGGUGGUGGACAUGGAGGGCAUGGCAAAGGUCGUGGUGGCCGUGGAGGGCAUGGCAAAGGUGGUGGUGGUGAAGAAACUCAAAACUGAUGAUAAGCAUAUCAUAUAUAAUUUCAUGAGUCGGGUAUUAUAAGAAUGUUUCAUCUUGCGUCAGUACGUACUCCUUAUAUAUGUAAUAAUUGGCAUGACGCCUUGUAUGUGUAGAAUAAGUUAAUAAGAGUGUACUUUUAUCCAACUUCAUAUCAUAUUCUUAUAA